AUGUAUUAACCUAUGCAAAGAUUGUCUUGAUGCUCGCGCUUGUACGUCUUUUUGUCUGAGUGUGUACGUGUGUGUGCUGGGAACUGGAGAGGGGGCUGUCAGCUCUGAGUGCAACCAGAACCAGAAGUCAGAAAGGGUAGUCUCAAGAAAAUCUUUAGCCAUGGAUGUAUUCAUGAAAGGACUUUCAAAGGCCAAGGAGGGAGUUGUGGCAGCUGCUGAAAAAACCAAACAGGGUGUGGCAGAAGCAGCAGGAAAGACAAAAGAGGGUGUUCUCUAUGUAGGUUCCAAAACCAAGGAGGGAGUGGUUCAUGGUGUGACAACAGUGGCUGAGAAGACCAAAGAGCAAGUGACAAAUGUUGGAGGGGCAGUGGUGACCGGCGUGACAGCAGUAGCCCAGAAGACGGUGGAGGGCGCAGGGAACAUUGCAGCUGCCACUGGCUUUGUCAAAAAGGACCAGCUGGGCAAGAGUGAAGAAGGAUCCCCACAGGAAGGAAUUCUGGAAGAUAUGCCAGUGGAACCUGACAAUGAGGCUUAUGAAAUGCCUUCUGAGGAAGGCUAUCAAGACUAUGAACCUGAAGCCUAAGAAAUAUCCUUGUUCCCAGUUUCUUGAGAUCUGCUGACAGAUAUUCCAUCCUGUACAAGUGCUCAGUCCCAAUGUGCCCAGUCAUGACAUUUCUCACAGUUUUUACAGUGUGCUUUGAAGUCUUCCAUCAGCAGUGAUUAAAGUAUCUGUACCUGCCCCCACCUAGCAUUUGGGUGCUUCCCUCUCACUGAAGUGAGUAUAUGGUAGCAGGGUCCUUGUGUGCUGUGGACAUUGUGGCUUCAACUCUAAAAUGUUAAAGCAAAUUAAAAACACCUAAGUGACUACCACUUAUUUCUAAAUCUUCACUAUUUUUUUGUUGCUGUUGUUGAGAAGUUGUGAUUUACUAUCAUAUAAGAUUUUUAGGUGUCUUUAAUGAUUCUGUCCAAGAAUAAUGAUGUAUCGUGAAAUUUGUUAAUAUAUACAAUAUAUAAAAUAUGUGAGCAUGAAACUAUGCACCUAUAAAUAUUAACUAUGAAAUUUUACUGUUUGUGAUGUGUUUUAUUAAUUUGUGUUUGUAUAUAAAAUGGUGAAAAUGAAAAUAAAAUGUUAUCUCACUACAAAAAUAUUUUAUCUUAUCCCAUCUCACUUUAACAAUAAAAUGAUGCUUAUAACCAA